UGGGGGCGGGCGGGCGGCCGUUGGAGGCGGAGGCGGCCCAGCUGAGGGGCGGCUGUGCUCACUCGCUCCUUCACUCCCUUGCGCUGACAGGCAGCAGGCCGGAGCCCGGGACAAGGCCGGGAAGUUUGCGGCGGAGCCAGGCAUGAAGCGGCACUGAGGCGGAGCCGAGCCGAGCCGAGCCUCCGCGCCCGAGGAGAAGGAGGCGCCGCCGCUGCCGCCGCUGCUAGUCCCCGGCCACGCCGAUGACUACUGCAAACUGCGGCGCCCACGACGACUUGGACUUCAAGCUCAUCUUCGGGGAGGACGGGCCGCCGCCGCCGCCCCCGCCCCCGGGGCCCGCAGAUACUGAACCAGCUGAGUGUGCAUCCAUUUACAUCUUUAAUGUAGAUCAACCUCCAUCAACUGUAAACCAGCCAAUUUGCAUUCCUCACCAUGGAUUACAGUCUCAUACCUCAGUUUUGUCACCACCUCUUCAGCUGCAGAGUCACAAAAACUAUGAAGGAAUUUGUGAGAUUCCUGAAUCUAAGUAUAGUCCACUAGGUGGUCCCAAACCUUUUGAAUGCCCUAGUAUUCAAAUUACAUCCAUUUCUCCCAACUGUCAUCAAGGAAUAGAUGCUCAUGAAGAUGAACUGCACACAAAUGGCUCUGAAGGCGAUUAUUUGGAAAGACCUUCUAGGGAUCAUCUAUAUCUUCCUCUUGAACCAUCAUACAGAGACUCCUCCCUUAGUCCAAGCCCAGCCAGCAGCAUUUCUUCCAGAAGCUGGUUCUCAGAUGCUUCUUCUUGUGAGUCUAUCUCUCAUGUUUAUGAUGAUGUAGAGUCUGAGCUCAAUGAAGCUGCUGCCCGAUUUACACUUGGGUCUCCUUUAGCUUCUCCCGGUGGUUCUCCAAGAGGUUGUCCUGGUGACGAAUCUUGGCAACAACAGUACGGAUUUGGAAACUCAUUAUCACCUAGGCAAUCUCCUUGUCAUUCUCCUAGAACUAGUAUCACUGAUGAAAAUUGGCUUAGCCCUAGACCAACAUCCAGGCCUUCAUCAAGACCUACCUCUCCAUGUGGGAAACGAAGACACUCCAGUGCUGAGAUUUGUUAUGCUGGUUCACUCUCACCUCAUCAUUCACCAACCCACUCUCCUGGUCACUCUCCCAGGGGAAGUAUAACAGAAGACACAUGGCUAAAUACUUCUCUCCAUGGUGUGCAAACUCUGAGUCCUGCACACUUUUCAUUUCAGUGCUGUGCAGAGACUGAUAUCCCUCUGAAAACAAGAAAGACUUCUGAGGAUCAAACUGCCACCUUACCAGGAAAAAUAGAUGUCUGUUCAGAUGACCAAGGAAAUUUAUUACCAUCCCUAGAAAAUACUAUAGAUGAUAGUCCUGGGUCUCAGCAUCCUUUAAAGAAAGAUUUGUCUAGUGACCAAUUUCUUUCAGUUCCUUCGCACUUUACCUGGAAUAAACCAAAGCCUGGCCAUACCCCUAUAUUUCGCACAUCCUCAUUGCCUCCUCUAGAUUGGCCAUUACCAACUCAUUUUGGACAAUGUGAACUGAAAAUAGAAGUACAACCCAAAACACAUCAUCGAGCCCACUAUGAAACUGAAGGUAGUCGGGGUGCAGUAAAAGCAUCUACUGGAGGACAUCCUGUUGUGAAGCUUCUGGGCUAUAAUGAAAAACCAAUAAAUCUACAAAUGUUCAUUGGAACAGCAGAUGAUCGCUACCUAAGACCACAUGCAUUCUAUCAGGUGCACCGAAUCACUGGGAAGACUGUUGCUACUGCUAGCCAAGAAAUAAUAAUUGCGAGCACAAAAGUUUUAGAAAUUCCACUUCUUCCUGAAAACAAUAUGUCGGCCAGUAUUGACUGUGCAGGUAUUUUAAAACUUCGCAAUUCAGAUAUAGAACUUCGAAAAGGAGAAACUGAUAUUGGCAGAAAGAAUACUAGAGUGCGCCUUGUCUUUCGUGUACACAUCCCCCAGCCUAGUGGAAAAGUCUUGUCUCUACAGACUGCUUCCAUACCUGUUGAAUGCUCACAGCGAUCUGCUCAAGAACUUCCUCAGAUUGAAAAGUACAGUAUCAACAGUUGUCCAGUAAAUGGAGGUCAUGAAAUGGUGGUGACUGGAUCAAAUUUUCUUCCAGAAUCCAAAAUUAUCUUUAUUGAAAAAGGCCAAGAUGGCCGUCCUCAGUGGGAAGUAGAAGGAAAAAUAAUUAGGGAAAAGUGUCAAGGGGCAAACAUUGUCCUUGAAGUUCCUCCAUACCAUAACAGAACAGUUAAAGCUGCAGUGCAGGUGCAGUUUUAUCUUUGUAAUGGCAAGAGGAAAAAAAGCCAAUCUCAACGUUUUACUUACACGCCAGUUUUGAUGAAACAGGAGCAUAGAGAUGAAAUGGAUUUGUCUUCAGUUCCAUCUUUGUCUGUGCCUCCGAGUGGCAGUGUUCAAGCCCUGCAUACUGUACGGACACCAUCACCUUCCUCAGAUCCAGGGCAGCCACAUGACAGUUUAUUGCCUAGAAGUCUUGUUUGUCCUGUCCAACAACCAUAUACAUCAAUGGUGACCCCCUCAGCAUCCCAUCUGUCCCAUAUGCAAAGUAGGAACAUCAGUCCUGGUGAAGAAUGUCAUGUGAUGCCUUCUGUGCUACAUCAGUCUUUUCAAGCCACAUCAGCACCUCCUGUGAGGUCUUCCUACCAGCCUAUGCAAACUAAUGUUAUGUACAAUGGACAGACUUGUCUUCCCGUUAAUGCUGCCACCAGUCAAGGAUUUGAUGCAAAUUCAUUUCAACAGGACACAGCUGUACCCAAUUUAAUAAAUCUUAGCUGUCAACCUCUGCCACAAAUACAAUUUGAUUCUUCAAAUUCGGGGUCACUGUCGUCAUCUGCUACAGGAGCAGGACAUCCCUUAGUACACACAACUCAUUCAGGACAGUCAUUGCCUCACCUGCAGCCAGUGGUAUACCAUUGUUCAAAUGUGGGACAGGGUCCUGUUACUUCUCCAGCAAGCCAGUCCUUAGGACAGCCUUCUCCUCAGUUACAGCCAGGAGCGUACCAUACUUCAAACCCUGGGUCUACUACAACUUCCUCACCAACAGCCUCUCAUCCCUUGGUCCAUUCACCACUAUCUGGACCCCCAUCUCCUCAGUUACAGCCUAUGCCUUAUCAGUCUCCAAGCUCAGGACCUGCUUCAUCCCCGUCUCCAACAACCAUGGCUCACUCUGGACAACCCUCACCUCAAGCACACAGUCCUGGAGUGGGAGGUAUUUCUGUAUCUUCAAUAGUAUGUCAGCAGAGAUGUGAUUCAUCUUCAUUUUCACCUGAUGGAGCAGCUGUGAACAUUAAACCUGAACCUGAAGAUCAGGAAUUGAAUUUUGAAACCAUUGGUCUCCAGGAUAUCACAUUAGAUGAUGACCAUUUUAUUUCUGACUUGGAAUACCAGCCAUCAGGUUCAGCCAAGAAAUGGAUUCAACACAGUCAGCUCUCAUAUCCAACUCCUUUCUGGAGAACGUAGAAGGUAAAUGAAAUCAUAGGAAGAGAUAUGUCCCAGAUAUCAGUUUCACGAGGAACAUCAGUGACAAUUCAGCCUCCGUCAUGAGAUCCCAGAUUCACUGGAUUCAAGAAUAUCAGAUGGAGUCUAGAAAUGGUGACCCUUGCAACUAGAUGUUCACUUCCCUGAAUAACUCUUUGUCUACCAUUUCUUCUUUGACCUAUUGUGCUUCCAAUUCUGUGGCCUUCAUGAACUGGAAACUGUGUUCUUUGCAUUGCCCCUUUUGUGGGUGCCAUUUUUUGACAUAGGGACAGCAUUUCUAAAUCUUGGACAGUGUACAAAUGAACUUUGUAAAAACCAAGAAACAUAGGAUAUUUGUGCUAUUUAAAAGUGAGCUUUGCUUUUUCUGCAUUUAAAGAGAAUACUUUUAUAUCAGGGGUGCUUUAAAAGUGUGAAGGUGUGCUCUGAUAAUCCCAGCCUGCCCUGAAUUUGAGGAAAGAUCUAAUCCACCUUCUUUAUGCAGCUUUUUUUAGGCAAGCUUCAUAGAAUAGUUAGGAAUGGUUCCUAUUGCUUCUUAUCAUUAGAAAGGCCUUCCAGCUUUGAUGUUUUAAAAAGAGAACCAGGGGCAGAGAGACCCACCAGCCGAAGCCUCUGCACAAAAAUGACGUCUUGGGGAUGUUGUAGAUCGAUAGGAAGUAAAGCAAACUGUAGCUCUGCACUUCUUUAUAAAUGUUAUUUGAAGAAUUGAGAAGAGCCCAUUCCAUCAUUGCAAGUGUUGGGAUAGAAAUGACAUUCCAAAAUGCAAAUUUUUGAUAACUUUAAGGUAAUCUUCUCAUACAGCUUUCAUACCGAAAUUGAGAGUCCUCACUCAGAGUCCUGUGUAAAAGUUGGGAUUCUAAAUGAAAUUUCUCCUUCACAGCUUUUUCUUAGAGAAAAUAGGAAAACAUUUGCAGAAGCUUUAUUCUUGCUAAAAUUCUUCUUUGUAAUCCUUUUCAGAGACUCUAGCUUUCUCUAAGCGAGGCUCAAAGAAACUCUGAUGUUUGGUUUUAGGAGUUUCCUGCUAUUGACUUCAGUCUUCUCCCUUUUAAGAAUCUAUCGGCUGUCGGGAUGAGUGUACCUUUGAAAAGUUAUAGUGGUAAGAGCAUAGAAAACAUGAGAAUAUCGAGUUAAGAACUGUUUUUAAUUAAAUAGGUCAACUAAUUGCCUCCUAGAAGAAUUUAAAAUUUGUUGAGCUGGUAUUACAUAGGCCAGGGCCUGCCUGCCACACGUUUGAAAAUGGGUUUCUUUCUAUAAUCUGAAUUAAUUCCAACAUUACUACCAUCUAUGUUAAUGGCUUAAAUUUUUUUUUUAAUCUAAGGGGCUUUUUGUUUGGGGUGCUGAGGGUUCUUUGUAAACUUCAUCCUUGAUAGAAUAAACCAUGAUUUUGUAAAGCUAGUUUUAGCCAAGUUGGGACUCGGUUGUUCCUGAGGAAUUUAAUUGCUGUGGAACGUAGGGUGAGUUUUUUCCCCACUGUUAAAUACAGCUUUACCCAGGAAUAUUAUUUCUCCUAUGGCUGACUUCUUUUUGGAGUGAUUACCACUAAUAAUUGAACAAGAACUUGCUACCGAGUGUACAUUGAGAUAUAGACAAUAUUCCUGGGAUUGAAUCUUAAGUGUCCUCAGGUAUUCCCCUCAAUUCCCUUCAGGAUAAAGAAGUUUGUUUUUAAAAAGCAUUUGCCAGUGGUAUUCUUUAGAAUGGGUUUGCUCUUCAAGAAAAUACUGCCACUUAUGAAUUGUCAUCACAGUUGAUCCACGCUCAUCAUUAUGGAGACUUUUAAAAGUCUUUUUUGUAAUUUCAAGAGUGGGUUUGCUUUUUUGAUGAAUACUAUUCACCUUUUCACGUGAAAGUCACUUAAGAGGGACAUCCCUUUAGCUUUGCCUGAGCUGCCCCUACAUAGCAUAGUCAUGUUUUUUUGUUUCCUGAAGCUACUUUCCUCACCUAUUGUUGGCAAGUUUCAUAACUGUGAAUAAUCUGUCUUGAAGGACCUGUAGUGGGGAAUCUGCAUGAGUAAGGAGUUUAAUGCUCUCAGUGUAGAGUAUCUAGAGCUCCCAAACCCAGAAAGUUGCUGGGGACCUUCUCAGUUAGAAUCACUGUAGUAAUCCUUAGUGGGGCUCUGCAGUAGGUCAGUGUGAAAGCCUGUACAAUCCCAAGUUGCUAUGCACUAAACUAAAUUUCCUGAUGCCUUUAAAUACCUUGAUGCCUGUAGACCUAGAAAUGCUUUCCUAUAUAAAAAAAUGCUUUGGAUAUGUAAACAGUUUUGUAUCUGCCUUUUAAGAGCUUCAGUAUAAAGGGUCUUAAUAUUUUUCUGGCUUGUAUCCUAAAGACUGUUAAAAAACAAACAAAAAACUAUGUGCAAUGUAAUGGUCUAAAAAGCACACGACCCUCCAUUGUUGGGCUAUGCAAAUGGUGCAAAUGGAAGUCUUCACAGAAUCCACAGGAGGGGAGGUGGCAAGGCUUGGGCGAGUCUGGGAGACAGGAUACACUAGCCACCCAGGUGGGAGGGAGGGGGGACAGGACUAAAUUAGGAAGCCCAUGGGAUUUCUGUGCAUUCGAUAAGUGGGCUGCGAGCAAUUUUCCGAAAAACAAAUCCCCGAAGUGUCCAUUAGCUUUCUCCUGGUAACCUGACCAGGUCGGUGGGACUCCUUGGCAAACCAAAGAGAAAAAGGGACUAAGGGCUGAGCCCGACCCGUGCUUUGAAACUAUUUUUGAUAAUUCAGAAUGGACGUCAUUCCUUGAGGCUUAGAGAUGGGUCCGCAAUCUUUUAUAUUUAAAGAUUCAUAAACUGUGCUAGAUUAUGUUUACAGAGCUACGUAACAUUGUAAUUUCAUGUACAUUUUGUAUUUCAAACAUUUUGUAAGUUUUAUGAUUGCAGUGCUACUUGCAUAAAAUAAAGGGAAGAAUUAGUAUUUGAGGCUUUUCAAUCAUAGUGCUGAAAUAAAUGAUGAAAGAUCAAA